CGAAGCUUUGUCUGCCCCCACCAGGACGAUGUCUGGACGCCACAUGAGCCGUUCCAAUGCUUACAGCCGCUUGAAAUAUCCCAACAACGUGUCCUUUCUCACCCAGACUCCAGGCUGGUCCCACAGCCCCAACGUGACGGGGGAUAACAACCUCAAGUGCUCUCGUACCCCGAGUGGCUCAGAGGUGAGCAGCAGCCCUUCAGAGCAGUCCAAGAGCCCCGGAUCCCCCAGACUCCCAGUGAGGAGAAUCUGCAUGGGCCGGCCCUACAACUCCAAGUGCAUAGAGACAAGCCACUUGGCAAGCUGCCCCAAGAUGGCCAGAAAGCCUGCUUGUCUUGGCAGCUCCCACUGCCUGCUCUGUACAGAUCGCCCCUCUGGUCCCUCGAGCCCCACCUUCCUGGACCAACUCAUCAGAGGCAUCAACUACCUCGACAGAUCCACCAAUGCCUUCUACAGCACCUGCCCCAAGUCAUCGCUGACCCUGCCGAGGCUCGCCGCCAGUUACCUGGAACGCGCCGCCAACUCCAUCCACCUGGACGACCCGGACCCUUCCUUCCCUGGCAAUCACUCCAACCCCAGCACCAGAGUGGCCACCUCUGAUGACUCCGGCACCUGCACCUGCGUGGUGCCAUCCACCAGGGGGGUCAAUGCUUUGCAGUGUGUGGGUGACUCCGCCAACACCAGCUGCCCACGCAGGCUUCACAGCCAGAGCCUUGCUCCUAUGCUGCCACUAAGGCCAGGGAUCAAGUUGCCGGAGCUCCCUCUGUUUGGAAAUGGGAUCUUUUCCUUUGGGCGUCUGCCCAAGUUCUGGGAAGCAAUCCGCUCAAGCUGGAAAGCCCCCGAACCCAUCUCCAAACCCUGUAGCUGGUGGUAAAGUCGACACCAAUGGAGAAGUGGGCUGCA